UUUCAUCCAACAAUCUCCUAGAGACCAUUUUUCUCCUCUUAGACGUUGGUCCACGAGGAGUAUCAUCACCAGAAUCACUUCCAUCCUUGUCAUUAUUAUUAUAGUUGUUGUCUGAAUUCUCUGAAUCCUCGUCAUCAUCAAGGUUCACAACCUUUCGACCUCCCUGCUUAGGUGUAACCUUCUUCGCCGGGGGCUGCUGUUUCUUUGAUGCAGGGGGAGCACGUCUUUUCCCUGUUGUAGUCUUUUUCGGACGCGAUUCCACCGGCUUAUCUUCAUCCUCAUCAUCGGAAUCAGAACUUGAGAUUGUAAUUUCUAAAACACUGGAGUCAGCAGUCCUUCCAGUAGAAGCAGGAGCCUGGGAUUCGGAAGCUGCAGAGGAUGCUGAGGCAGCGUCAAGGGAAUCAUCGAUCGCUAGGGGACCUUCGCUUUCAUCAUCGUCGCUAUCCGAGUUAGCGUUGUUGGUUGAAUUGGUGGCAGCUUUAGAAUUGGCAUUAUCUGAACUGUCUUCGCCUUCGGCAUCUCCGUCUUCGUCAGCCUUUUUACGAGAUUGCUUCUUUUUGCUGCUUGUAGAUGCGACACCAAUAUUAGCUGUUGUGUUUUGUCUUUUACGCUCAGCCUCAGCAGCACGUCUCGAAUCCAAGUUGCGCAAACUGUGUCCGCCUUUGGACGAUCCAGUAGGCUCUCCACUCGCCUCCUGACGACUCCCCCUCCCAGAAGCACUAGAUCUCGAUGAAGCAAGCGUGAUAUCCUCUCUCUCAACCAAACUCAGCAGCUCUGCAAAGCGAUCCUUCAAAUUUGAGGGCACAUUGGAGGAGGAAAUCACCUGUUGUAGUGAACUCUGUAGUUCUGCUGACUGUAACAUUGCAAUGUUCUUGCAGUUUCUUCGCAUACAUUCGAGGUGA